GUCAAGUCCAAUCGACAUCUAUCACCCAAAUUGAGAAAAUAACCUUAUUGUCAAUCCUAAUUUUCCACUUAAAAGCCAAACACACCAUGUUGUAUGUUCCACUCUUCACUGUUUCUAUCGCGGCCGCAAUCUCUGCGGUCAGCGCUUACCCUAUCGACGGAGACGGUGUUCAUUGCCGUUCAGGCCCUGGAACUGGUUACUCGAUUGUCAAGACAUACGGCAAGGGCGAGGAUAUCUCUAUUACCUGUCAAGCCCCUGGCACCGACGUUAACGGUGAUAGUCUUUGGGACAAGACUUCUGACGGCUGCUAUGUAACCGACUACUAUGUGAAAACUGGCUCUAGCGGCUACGUGACCAGCCAUUGUCCCAGCACCGGGGGUGGAGGCGGAUCCGGCACAGGUAUUGUCAAUGCAGCAGAGAAGGAGAAAGGUCUCCCAUACGUCUGGGGAGGUGGUGGAUGCCAUGGUCCUUCUGGAGGUGGUUUUGACUGCUCCGGCCUGACCCAGUACUCUAUCUGCCAGGCCUUGAACAAAGAGAUUCCACGCACAGCCCAGACUCAAUAUGACUCCUCACUGGGCAAGCGUCUUCCCCGAUCAGAAGCGAAAGAGGGAGACCUACUAUUUUGGGCCGAGGGCGGAGACUGUAAAAAUAGCGUAUCCCAUGUCGGAAUCUUCAUUCGAGAGGGUCUGAUGAUUAAUGCUGCUCACACUGGGACUCCUGUUAGAGAACAGUCUAUUUGGACAUCGUAUGGAGGAGAGAGCAUCUGCCCUGAUGUGGUGAGAUUCUGGUAA